UAAAAUUAAUGACGCAAGAUGCCCCAAGCGGAAGUUGCUGGUAUGUCAACUUCCGAUUUGCUCCAGCUAGCUUCCCCGACGAGCUGGCAAACUUUGCGAUAAUGUCGCCGACGCUGUGAUAUUUGUUGUCGGCGUUGUUUCACCAUGUGGAGCGUGUGCGUAUUUGCGUUUGUGGCUCACUUCUGCUUGAGCGGAGCUGUUAAUUCGAGAAUUACAGCGGGAAAAAUCCGUUAUGCUAACGCCGAAAUUGAUGCACUUAAUUCCAUUCUGGCUGAUUUUGAGCUUCUGCCAGUGUCAGACCUCCAGUUGCACUCUGUGAGGAAGAGGGACGUGCACACCCCGUCCCACCUUGAGCGACUGGUCAGCUUCAGAGCUUUACACAGACAUUUCAAGCUGUACUUGACCACCAACACAGAGCUUUUCACUGACAAUUUCCAAGCUGUGUUUGUCGAUAAACUCGGAAGGGAGGAGAACUAUGACGUUCAGCUUCAGAACUACUUCACGGGGCAUGUAGUCGGUGAAGAGAACUCUCGUGUGCAGGCACACAUUGAUGGUGAUGAGUUUUCAGCUCACAUUUUAACUGAUGAAGCAGAGUACAAUGUCGAGCCCUUAUGGCGUUUUACAGACAGUGGUGGCGAUGGCAGGUUGCUGGUGUAUCGCUCAGAAGACAUCAGGAAUCUUAGCCGCCUCGUGUCUCCAAAAGUGUGUGGUUACGUCCAUUCCAAGGACCUGCUGCCCGAGUCCACCAGGGCGGGUUGGAACGAGCCAGAAGUGAUGGACAAGAUAAAUGCUUUUCAUCACAGAGAAAAGCGCCAAGCCCACGACCACAAAAAGAACACCUGCCCACUGUUGCUAGUUGCAGACCACCGCUUCUUUAAACACAUGGGGCGCGGACAAGAGAGUGUCACACUCAAUUACCUGAUUGAAUUGAUAGAUCGAGUCGAUGACAUUUAUCGAAAUACAACCUGGGGUGAUGACUUAAAAGGCUACGGGGUCCAAAUACAUCAGAUGAUCAUCCACAAGGAGGCCACUAAACCUCCUCCUGGUCGUGCUGGCACCGGCUGGGUCCACUACAACAUGGAAAACAGUCCUGUGCGAGGGAAAAUGGUUUGGGAUGUCAAGAAGCUUCUGGAGCAAUUCAGCUCAGACAUAGCUGACAACGCAUCCACUGUAUGUCUGGCCCACCUGUUCACCUACCAGGAUUUUGACGAGGGCACCCUGGGCCUCGCCUAUGUUGCCCCCUCCAAACCUCAGGCCCUGGGUGGCCUCUGCCCCAAACCAUAUUAUCCAUCUUUGUCUGCCAAGAAGCCCAGUUACCUCAACACCGGCUUGACCAGCACCAAGAAUUACGGAAAAACAAUCCUGACAAAGGAGGCAGAUUUGGUGACCACUCAUGAGCUGGGCCAUAACUUUGGAGCCGAGCACGAUCCGGACAACAUUCCAUACUGUGCUCCUAGUGACGACCACGGGGGAAAGUUUGUCAUGUAUCCAAUUGCUGUGAGCGGAGAUCAUGUCAACAACAAGCGUUUCUCCAACUGCAGCAAGAUCUCCAUAGGAAAGACGCUGCGUUACAAGGCUCCUGUCUGCUUUAAGGAGAGGAACAGCAAAGUUUGUGGGAACUCCCGAGUGGAAGAAGGGGAGGAGUGUGACCCUGGCUUGCUCCACCUCUAUGACGACCCUUGUUGCUUGUCGAGCUGCAAGUUCAAAUUUGGUUCCCAGUGCAGUGACCGUAACAGCCCGUGCUGCACAAACUGCAGAUUUAAGCUGGCAGGCACAAGAUGCCAAGAGCCCAUCAGUGCGACCUGUAAGGGCAUAGCCUCCUGCACAGGCAACAGCAGUCGUUGUCCUCCCCCUGAAAACGCCAUCGACGACACAGUUUGCGUGGACAACGGACGGUGCCGCAAUGGAGAGUGCAACCCGUUCUGUGAGGCCUUGCAGAACCUUCAGUCCUGUGCCUGCACUGCAACUGAGGAUUCCUGCAAAGUGUGCUGCCGGAGGCAAGAUGGCACCUGUUCGCCCUUCGUCCUGAACAGUGGCAUCUUCCUUUUCCUACGUAAAGGGAAACCUUGCACUGUGGGCUUCUGCGAUGAGAACGGGAAGUGCAUGAAGCAGGUGCAGGAUGUAAUUGAACGUCUCUGGGACUUCAUUGACAAACUGGACAUAAACACGUUUGGAAAAUUCCUGGCAGAUAACAUUGUGGGUUCUGUUGUGGUGUUCUCACUCAUCUUCUGGAUCCCUCUUAGUAUUCUGGUUCACUGCGUGGACAAGAGACUCGACCAGCAGUAUGAGGAGAACACAAUGUCGCUGUACCGCCCUCUGAAUCAGACGCUGGAGGUUUGUAAUAGAGCUCCAGCCGGAGCAAGAAAUCCUGAGCAGUCUGGAGUCAGCGUCCGUGCACAUCGUCAAGCCUCCUCAGCCUCCCUCUUCCUCCUUCGCCGGCCCGACCGUGCUCUUAUCGCAGCCCCGCCAGGCGUCGGCGGCAGUCAGCGCCGUCUCAAAGCCGACCCCCGGGCCGAGCUAUGUGGCCACGCCGGACAGCGUCGGCAGCGGCGGGGGGCUGCGGAUGGCCACCAUCCAGGAGGACAACAGCGGCGACUCUCACCCGGUAGAGGAGGCGGGCCGGGGCGACGACUUCCCAACCGCAGGAGUCUGCUCGUCGGCUACGAGAUCCUCCUACGAGGAUCUGAGCGAUCAGAGCCCGUCGGCCCGGGAGAGGCGGCGUCUCAAGAGGCAGAAGUGCUUUGACACCAAAGAGACAGAGUGCUGAGUCCAGACAUUAUCUAACAUUCAUGAGGACGCUUCUUCUCUGGAGAACCAUUUGAGCAUUUAGUUGCUAUCAAGCUUAAGGUCCAUGUACUAGUGCGCUCUUUGUCCUAACUAGUAGGACAGCUACAUGUUACUCGUGGGCAAAACUGCACUAGUAAAGUGAACCCCUGCUAGUCAGAAGGCAUAAGGACCGAGCCCUCCUAUGAACAGCGAAAAGCUAUGACUAAUUGUUUCCUUGGCACCAUGAUCCCACCAGAUGGUGAUUAAGCACAAAAAACAGUGAAUAGGUGAAUUUUUCAGCAAAUAACAGAGGAGACCGCCCAACAUAUAAGUGAAUGCUAAACCAGAAAUACGAGGGGGAUCACUGUAUUACUAGUGAAGCGAUGGACGUUAACGAGUAGAAUUUUGUCACUAGCAGCAUGCAGUUGUCAACGAGUGAAGAAUUUUGUCUGUAUAUCGAAGUUGUCUUACUAGUCAGGACAAAGUAUUAGUACAUGGACCUAAAGCUGGAUAUUUAAUAAAUGCACAAACAGCUUGCCAUAAAGCCCUACGAGCAUUUAUUUUGCAAUGCACUAGUUUUCCUUUGUAAUUCCGCACAGCCGCUUGAGUAUAUAUUCUUUCCUACUAUUCCGCUGAAUUGUCUUACAAAUGAGGACAAAGAGUACUAGUACAUGGACCUUAAACUGGAUAUCAAGGAUUUAAAAUAAAUGUUCAAAUGACGUUCCAUACUAUUUUUAAGAUGAACCACUGCCUAAUGAAGUGUCAUUUCCUCUUUUCAUCGUACCUCAGACACAUUUUACAGUAUCUGCUAGCCAAAGUCGCCAGGCUGCACUUUGAAACCAUGUCCGCUGCAUAUUCAUGUACAUAACCACUGGAUGAUCGUCUUACUGUAAUCCCCUGCUAUUCGUGGGGGACAGGGACAGGCCUGCUGCGAAUAGUGAAAAAACGCACAAAUAUUCAGAGAAUGUCAAGUAGGUGAGGUUUUUUUUUUUUUUUUUUUUUUUAGAGAAUAAUGGAAAACUGUUUGUGAAUAGUAAAUGGUGAAUAUGCAGGGGAUUACUGUAUAUUUGUGUCCUGAUUGGCUCCUUUUUGAAUAUGCCUGCCUCUUGUCACCCUAACUGCAAAACACUGUUGUGCCUUUCCUGGACUGUUAUUCCCCCUCAUCCAGAGUUGAGGCAGAAAAAUUGAAGUCCUGUUGCGAAUCUGUGAGGUGCUGAAGUUGUGUUACCGUUAUAUUUGUGUGCUCGUGUCAAAUUGUAGUCAUGAUGUCCUGCCAGUGUUGCCUGGUAUUUAAGUUUAGGCCAAAAGAGCAAUAUGGCUGACAUGAACUGAAUGGAUGUGAAACUGUUACUCAGUGAAAUGCUUUUAUUCUUGUCCACUGCUUGCAUUACUUGCAUCCCAAUAAAUGGUUAUAUUGUCAGCCUACAGCAUCCAGAAAAUAUGACGAUGUUCACGGUCUUCCUAAUGAGAGUCCUCAUGAUGUCUGUC